AUGUGUGCCGCACCGGACAAAAACUGGAAGCCCGUUGAUGAAGUUCUCGAUCUGUUGACGGAAACGAAUAUGGAGAAGUAUCGCAGGCAAAGAAAAGCCAUCGGCCCAGCUUACAGUAUCACGGGGCUAGAGAAGCAUGAAGGGCUGCUUGAUGCUUACAUCGAUAAAUUCGUUGCCAAAUUAGAAGAUCUGAGGGGGAAAGAGGUGGGCCUUGCAAAUUGGGGACACAUCUUCGCCUUGGACUCUAUGAGCCAAUUCACUCUAGGAAAGAGCCCUGGGUACACAGACAAAGGCAGUGACGAUGGAAAUGAGGACGCCAGCCAUGCGCUUUGGCAAUGCUUUACAGUUAUUGGUCUCUUUCCCGGGUUUGUGAAGUUGAUGCACAGCAUACCGAAAGUUGGUAUGUUGCUUAUCCUGCCGAUGUCCCUACUCCUAGGCAUCAGAAUCCCGAAGAUAUGGCCCGUGUUCAACUUCUGCAGCCCAAGCAUCAUGCAAAGAUUGAGAACACUAGAGAGCAUGAAGGAUGUGGAGCUACCCGCCAGCCGCCCUGGUUUCACCCAAGAGUGUGGAAAGGACGUGGGUGUACCGGAACAGAGAGGAGAGAGCAUCGAAGAGACGGACAUGCUGGCUACUUUGAUGCGUCUCCAUAACGAUAGAGAGGCGCGCUUUCCUCCUUCAUGGGUCCUCUCAAUUGCUCUUACCAAUUUUGGUGCCGGGCACGACACGCUGAUGUUCACACUUUCUUCUGCCAUUUACCAUACGUAUACGUCGCCGUCAAUCCUUGCCCGAUUACGCAAAGAUAUGGAAAGCCAGGGCCUUACACGAAACAGCAAAUACUCCGACAUCAUCACCAGAGUAUCAUUGCUCCUCGCCGUUCUGAAAGAAAGCAUGAGGCUCUGGCCUACGAUCGGGUGGUACCUUCCUCGCCUCGUGCCCGCUACAGGGGCUACGCUGUGCGGCACUUAUCUUCCUCAGGGUACCACUGUGGGAACAAGCCUCUGGACUUCCCACUUCAGCUCCGAAGUCUUCGCAGAGCCCCAAAAAUUCGAUCCGGAUAGGUGGCUACCCGAUGGCACCGAGGAGAAGAGGAGGAGGAGAAUUGGCAGAAUGGACAGUGUGUGGAUGGGGUUCGGAGGCGGAAGCAGAAGCUGUCCGGGACAGCACCUUGCGAGGUUCUUCGUCAUCAAAGCGCUAGCUAGACUAGUCAUGGGCUGUGAUGUUGAGGUGAACGGAGAGCCGGAGAUUGGGGGCUGGUUUCAGUGCACGUUGACGGGCGUUGGUAUCAGUAUCAAGAAGAGGAAGAUCGAGUGA